CAAGGAACGAACGGAAAAUUUAAGGCUGCAUCAGCUGACAUCGGAAAUCGACUGUCACUGACAAUAUACGCCCUACCCUACAGCGCUCGCCCCACAGCUGAUCAGCCUCGUUCAGCCUGCUCGGUCCAUCACUAUUAUUUCUACAAGUUCUUAUAGAAAAGUCCGCUGAGGUUGUGUUCUUGUUUUUAAGCUAAAGUGUCUAUCCAGCGAAAAUGGCCAAUUGCCGAAGUGUCGUAAAGCAUUAUGAGAAAAUGAAUGUUCAACAAUUGGGAGAUUUGUGGAAUCACUUCAAUAGAAAAGGACCAACAGUUGAUGUGCUUCGAGAAAUCUUAAUGUAUUAUAUUCAUCAUAAGUAUUUCCCGCCUGUAAUGCAAAAGACUUGUGAUACAUUGCUUGCCUCUGUGGAUUUAAAGCAUGUAUCCAAGAAACAGAAAAAUAUAAUUUUUCAAAUUAUGGAAGAAGUGAGUGUAUACCUGGAAAGUAGUAUUAUUGAACAAGUCACUUUUGCUUCAGAUAAGAAUAAUCAUACUUCAUUAGUUAACUGCAUCCUCGUUGGAGGUUUAAUUCCUUUAUUAGAUGAAGUCACAGUAGAAAAAUUACUUAGUUUCCUAAAAAAAUCAGAGGUGCCUGUGGAGGAACGAGGGAAACUCCUGUUAUGCUUACUUGUUAUUCAUGGAACUUACCCCACUUUAAUAUCAUCAGAAAAUUUAUCAAGAUUGGGAAAUUUAAUGGAAACUUGGUUUACCCCUGUACAAAGCAAACCAGUUGCUUCUUCUGUUUCAUUGUUUGGUCGCUCUGAUUCGUCUGCAGCCACUGAAGUUGAUGGCAGUUGUGCAGGAGAAGUACACACAGUGUUAACUUUAGCUAAUAACUUCAGUGACAAUCAUCUGAUGAGUAUUCAUUGUUUCUCCACAAUUCGAGAGUGGCUUGGAAAACAGAUGAUUCACAAGAAUAGAAAACUAACAGAAAGUUUACGAGAGUAUUGUAAUCUUGUUGUAGAACAAUGCUUUAGGCCUGCUCGAAAAGAACAUGAUAUUGCACUUCAAAAGGCUGUGUUAUGUGAGGUUCUUGAUAUAAUGAAUCAAUUGGUACAGAUGGAUACAUCGAAUGGGCCUCAUUGUCUCAAAAUAGUUAAAAGAAUUCAAAAUAAUAUUAAAGAAAAUUUUAAAGGAGAUUAUCGUGAUAUUCAUGUUUUUGUUCGAGUCUUAUCUUUUCUAUUAAACUUCGGAGAAUCGACAGGUUACAAUUCACAAUUAGUUUGUGAAUAUUUUUUGCAAGACAUGGUCUAUCGUAGUUAUACAUCUGGAUUGGCUGCCACAGAUACAAUCUUAUUUCUUUUAGAAAACAGGAAUAAAUUGAUAGCUCUUCAAGAACCAUUACUACAACGAUUUUUUCCCAACAUAUUAAAAAUUAUUGCAUGUCAUCCUUGUGUUGUAAUUGAAGAAUUCAUUGAACUACUACCCGACUUCAUAUCGCCAUCUACUGCAGUUGAGGUAUUUCAUAGUAUUUUAGAUCUUCCUCUUCUUGCAGCAACAUUAUGUCUUCAUCAAGCUCCCAUGUUAGCACAGGCAGACAGUGCGGGAUCUAUGGAUACAGAAUGGGCUACAUUACUAAGAAGAGCCAGAAGUAUAGAGUUUCAGCAUGUUUUCAAUUAUAUGAUGAGAAUUGAGACUGGGCAAGAAAUUGCUCUUUCAAAGAUGCCGGCAUAUAUGAAAUUACUACACAAGAUAAGUAAUCAUAGUCUGGUGAUCACAUGUUGCCAGAUUGUUUCUCUACUUUUGGAAUGUUACUAUGAUGUAAUAGAAAAGUGGAAGGAUGUAUCUUGCAUAGCACCAGUUGUUCUCGAUAUGUUCAAUCGAUUACAAGUUCUCUAUGAUUCUCCUGGUUACAUACCAGCUGUUCACAGGUGUUUACUUCUGCAUUUCAAACAGCUUUUCAAGGCUUGUCCUGGUCUGAUAUUCUCCAUACCAUCAGAAAUAGUUGAAUAUGUUUCAGCAACCAAAAAUUAUGAUGCUUUUCCACAAUUGUAUAUCCAUAUAAUUUAUGUUAUUGGUGAACACAGCACCAGUGCUGACUGGGAUACCCACAACCGACUACAAUUAAUACAAUAUUAUGAAGUAAUUGAAUGUACGAUUUACCAAAUUUUGGCCCAAUUUGCUACAAGUGAAUCAGUAUGUUUUGAACUGUUAAAUGUGGCUAGCUCUACAUUAGCUAAGUUGGCUACCAGAUGUCAGGAUCAAAUUCCUCGAGCUGUAUUGUGUUUAAAUAAAAUAAGAAUGCAGUUUUCAUCAACUUCCUUUAAUCAUCAUGAACUUAUUAUUCGUGAUCGGAUUGAAGAAUUACUGUGUGUUCUUCAAAACCCUAAUGUUGCAAAUACGGUAUGGUCAGUACAGAGCAGCAAUACCUCAGUAACAUCAUUUGUGCAAGUGUUGUCUCAUGUUACAGACUCUUAAAUAUAUGAUUUUAAGUUACAAUUUUUAAUAUUUUAUCAAUUUUUAAAUAUUUGUAAUUUUAAAAAUGUUAUUAGAUUUCUAAAAAUACGUGUGUGGUUGUACAAAAAAUGUGACAAGACUGAUUCUGAGCUUUGAAUAAAGCGCCAUCUUUUUUUAAUCAUUGUAAUAAAUCAAUUCAAUCUGCUUUCAAAAAUUUUAAAUAAUUAUUAGUAGAAAUUGGUAAUCAUACAUUUUAUGCAGAGUAUAUAUUGUUUCUGAUUACAAUACCUUCACAACUCUCUUGAUUUUUGCAAAUCAGGUGGUGUAUUUUUUGGAUUAUAUUGCAGAUUACAACUGUGAGAAAGGUGAUGUUUUUUGAGCACAAGUGUAUACGCAAAUACCCACAUAUAUUGUACUUUCCGCAGCAGUGUGUCUCAUUCACCCUGCUUUUCCAAUCGGAAAGGAUGACCAGGUUUAUUCUUCUGGGAGCAGUAAAUGCAAGGGACAUAAACAGCCCUAGCGUGCGAUUCGAGUAAGACGCAAUUUUCCACCCGAAAAUUUGAUUUAAUCAGUUGCGUACUACAAGGGGAGACAAGAUGGACAUUUUUUCUACCCAUUGAAGAAAAAACAAGGAACAGAUAAUUGGAUAUUUUUGUGAUAUGAAAUCUGUAGUAAACUAGUAGUGCUACAACACUUACUUUCUCGCAUUAUUUGUAACUGCUCGCGUGUAAUUUCCAGCUCAUCGUAUGAGCAAGCAAGGAUAAUUUCACAUAUAAAUCGAACAUUCAGAACUAAAGGCCAUCCAAUAUAUCGCAUGAUGAAUGCAUUCGAAACGCCAAUAGCACUACCGUAUGCAUAUGUGUAUAUACAUUCUUCCCGACUUAAAUACGUUAAAUAUACCAUUAUAUUGAAAGAAAAUUGUAACACUAAUGUAAAGUAAAUAAAACCGCCUUUUCUUUCCCCUGUCGCCGUUCAACAGUGAUCUCAAAUAUUCAUCGCUGCAUUGUUGCCCAAAUGCAGC